AUGGCUUUUGAAAGUCCAAAAACAGCAUUCAUUGCAUGCGGACUAUUGGUUAUAGUAUCUGGGUUAUAUAUCACGGCAAAUGCUUUACCUAUGUGGUUUGUUAACUUUUCUUUCGAUUCUCUCUAUUAAGAUACCUAAUACAAAGCAAAAGAGUAGAUACUCCAAUCUAUCAUAUAAUAUAUUUCAAUUACAAUCGAGUAAAGGAAUACUUGUGAGAAAUAAUUUCUAGGUC